UUAUCAUUGUCACAUUAUUGGAAUGUCACUCAGUUGCAUGAUUCUAUUAAAAAUCUCAUUCAGUUGCGUUAUUUGGAUCUCUCUGGUACUGCAAUUGAAAGGUUACCUGGUGUACUUUGCAGUUUGUACAAUUUGCAGACAUUACUAUUGUCAAAUUGUUCCUCUCUGGUUGAAUUACCUGCAGACUUGAGAAAAUUGGUAAAUUUACAGAAAUUAAUGCUGGGAGGUUGUGCGUCUCUUGCUAAAUUGCCUGUAGACAUGUGGGAAUUAAUUAGUUUGCAUCAUCUUGAUAUUGGUGGAACUACAAUUGCAGAGAUGCCAGCGCAAAUGAGUAGACUAAAAAGUUUGAGAACGUUGACCGUUUUUAUUGUGGGGAAAUCUUCUGGGUCAACCAUUGGAGAAUUGGGGGAGCUUACACAUCUUCGAGGAAAACUUUCAAUUCUAAAGCUCCAAAAUGUAGUUGAUGCUAAGGAUGCCGUGCAAGCCAACUUGAAGAAUAAGAAGGAUCUCAAGGAGUUAGAGUUGGCAUGGGGCGAUGAAGACUCGGAUGAUUCUGAAAAAGUUAGAGAUGUACUUGACAAGCUCCAGCCUUCAAUUAAUUUGAAGAAACUGACCAUCAAAUUUUAUGGUGGAACCAACUUCCCGACUUGGUUAGGAGACUCAUCCUUCUCCAACAUACAAAUCAUGCAUCUCAGUGAUUGUCCUUAUUGUUGGUCACUGCCACCAGUUGGGGGGUUACCUGCUCUCAAAGAGCUCCGCGUAGAAAGGAUGAAAUUUGUUAAGACAAUUGGUGUUGAGUUUUAUGGCAGAAAUGAAGCGUCUCUAAUUCAGCCAUUUCAAUCACUGGAGAAGCUGGAGUUUGAGGAGAUGGCAGAGUGGGAGGAAUGGGUACCAAGUGCAAGUGGAGGUGAAUAUGGUCCAGACUUUCCUCGUCUCCAAGUGUUGAUUCUAAACGAGUGUCCGAAGCUGAGAGGAAGUUUGCCUUGUGAUCUACCUUGCUUGAAGAAACUUAGCGUGUAUGGGUGUGCGGUGUUACAUGAUCAAAGGGCCACUUCUACUACUGGUACCAGUCUUAACAUGAACUCCUACAAAUCUCUUCAAGAAUUGAAAAUUAAAUUAGAUUAUGGAUGCCAAACAGAUGUGUCAUUACAAGAGGCAAAGUUAUUGUCCGUACUUGACGUCGGAAAUUUUGAUGACAUACCGUGCUUGCCCAACACCAAUCGUCUUCAACGUUUGUGUGUUUGGAAUUGUCCAACCCUAUCGGCGUUCCCCAAAGAUGGCCUACCCACUUCGUUGACAUCAGUUUCUCUAUGGAAUUGUAGGAGAUUAGAAUUCCUACCUCAUGAGAUGUUGGCCAAAUUGACAUCGCUUGACUUUUUGUGGAUAGAGAAUAGCUGUGAUUCAAUGAGGUCUUUCCCGUUGGGCAUUUUUCCCAAAUUGACGUGGCUUUACAUUAGGAAUUGUGAGAAUCUAGAAUCCCUUUCCAUUGAAGAUGGAGUUGAUGCGAAUCUUAGUCAUCUCAAUACCUUGUCUAUCUCAGGCUGUCCAAAUCUGGUGUGUUUUCCCCAGCGAGGAUUGCCCACUCCCAACCUGACUCUAAUGGAAGUUGGUGAAUGCGAGAAGUUGAAGUUAUUACCUGAACGUAUUCACACCCUCACAGCCCUUCGAGAUUUGAGGAUAACCAAUCUUCCAAAUCUGGAGUCAGUUGCAGAAGAUGGGGGUUUGCCUCCCAACCUCCAAUACUUUGGCGUUGAGAAUUGUGAGAGACUGAGGCCUUCAUCAGUGGGAGAGUACUGGGGUUUGCAAGGACUUGUCUCCCUUGAAAAAUUUACAAUUGGUGGCAAGGGAAGUCACGAAAUCUUGGAGACCUUGCUCAAGCAACAGCUGCUCCCUACCACUCUUCAACGCCUCCAGAUCAGUGAACUUUCAAGUCUGAAAUCUUUGGACAGAAAAGGACUUAAAAACAUCACUUCUCUUUCUUUUCUGAGCAUCUCCAAUUGUUCAGCCCUGGAGAAAACGUAUGAGAAUAAGACGGGAGAUGAUUGGGCAGCCAUAUCUCACAUUCCUUGCAUUAAGAUAAAUGACGAAGUCAUCAUAUGAUAUGACCUCUCUCUCACACACCCUUUGCAUCCAAUGUUUCAUUAUCAACUCUCAAAUCAAAUUCAGGACAGCAAACCUUCUCCUGGAGGAGAGCAUCGUUCUCUUGGAGAGCUUUUCUUUUGCAAGGUUUCUUUAUGCGUCGUCAUUUCCAAACGAGAGGAGAAACGGAAAGGCGCACCUGGCUGGAAUAUCUCAAUUGACACAUUCCUACGGACAAACAUCGAAUGUACAACAUUGUUAUGUACUCUCUCAUGAUAAAAAUGUG